CGCGUCCAGCGCUGCUUCAACUGCGGCACCCCCGGCCACGUCGUGUCCGAGUGCACGCGCGCCGUCGACCGCGCGCUCGUCGCGCUCGCUCGCCAGUACUACAACUUCUUCCGCGCGGGGUCGGAUUCCGGGCCCGCGCAGCGCAUCCACGAGGCCGGGGAGUGGCGGCAGCAGCGGCUCCGGUGGUUGCGGGAGUUCGAGCCUGGGGAGAUCCGCGGCGAGCUACUGCGCGAGGCGUUGGGUCUGCGGGAUGGAGAUGCGGGCGAGAACGUGGAGUGGCUCAGGAAUAUGGCGUGCUGGGGGUUCCCUAGGGGGUGGACGGGGACGCGCGACCCACGCGAAGACGUCAGGCGGCGGAUUGUGGACGGACCGAAGGAGGAAGACGAGCCGGUGGAAAUCUGGGUCUUUGAGGACGGGCACGAAGAGGUUUGGGACAUUUCCAUUGCUGCCUUACCUGGGAACGCUGCUGGGAACGGUGCAACUUCCGACAGUGAGCAAGAGGAGGAACACAACGACCCUUUGCGACGCUGGGCCACCUAUCCGAACACGCAUUUCCACCCCACCCUGCUGCGUGUGUACGAUGGCCAGACGCUCCCUGCAUUAGCCGAAUAUACCCAUCCGAUCGCGGUCAGCGAGACGUACACGGCCGACCGCCAUGACUUGUGGCAAAGUAUUCUGGCGACAUCGAAUCCUCGUCUACAGAUGCUCCCUGAACUAUCUCAGGCGGUCCCACCACUUUCUCCUCCUCCUCCUCCUCCUCCUCCUCCCCUGCCACCUCCACCUUUGCCCCCCUUGCCGCAGGAUGCUUGUUCAGACUCUGGGGACGAUAUGGACCUUUCGGAUUAG